UAAACGCUUCUCGCCACAGUCCAGUGCCUAUAUCGUCCUUUGGAGGCCCUCUAUUGUUUACCGUGUUCGCCUUAUUCAACCCUCCACCCGUCCGGCAUAUACACCUUGGUCUUUAGCGACGCCGGCAUUGGCCCUGUUUUGAAAGACUUCGGCAUCAACCAAGCUCGUCAUCGCGAGGGAGAUAUAUUCUCCUCUAUUUCGAUACUGAAAACUCUACAUCUGUCUCAUUGACGAUUGGAGUACAGAGGGGUUCUCUUUGCGCCACGUCCUUCCUCUCACAUAUCCCGAACAAGGCAGGCCUUGGGGAUAUAUAUCUUGACCCGCGUGUCUUAUAGCGCCAUACAUCCUCUUUAAUAUUGUCCCUUUGCCUGAACAUCCGUGCUCUUAAAGCCAGAAUGCAGGGCUACUCUUUUACUCCCCCCACGGGUCUCCCAAGGGAAGGUCAAAAAAAUUAUGUAUUCGUGGAUGAACAUAACAGACACAAAAGGCUCAAGGUGAUGCGAGCCUGCAAUGGCUGUAGAAAGCGCAAGAUCAAAUGCGAUGCGGCAACUACAAACACAUGGCCCUGCUCCGCAUGUACUCGUUUGAAACUAGUAUGCGUGCCUCCUAGCAUUGGCCAGAACAAUGACUUCGAGGCGGGCCAAAGCAUUGAUACCGACAGCGUAAGCCCUUUGGGCAUGACUGGUGCAUCUGCGCCUUCGCUAUCUUCCUUCCCAGUUCCUCAAAAUCUUAACGAUGGUAACCAGACAGCAUUAAGGGAUAUCGCUGCCUAUAAUGAUGGGGUCAGGAUGUUUCAACAUUUUGGUCAGCCUAAUCCUGACCAUCCUGGCAUUUGUGAUCUGCAAUCGUCUCAAAUACCCAUGCCAGGUCAUCCUUUUCAGGAUCAAACCAUGUUUUCUACGACCGAGACGCAGGACUUCAUCCCCAACACGGCCUCGUUUGGUGAGGAUGAACAGUCGACUGCCGAAGGUCUAAGCGAAGUUCUUGGGGAGUUGAAAAUCGACGAGACCGGGAUUGCGCCAUACAUCAGGCAGCAAAGACAAGAAAGGGCCGAACCGGAAGUGCCGUUGCAAGAUGAAGGGGAUGAAGCGCUACCCCCUCUCAAUACCAGAGCUGGCUCUACAAUUCGGAUCCCCCCAGAGCUCAUGCCAUCGGACGAUGAGGUCAUGGCGUAUUUCAAAACCUAUUUCGAUGAUAUACAUCCCUAUGUACCAGUUGUACACCGAUCUCACUUGUAUCAUCAAUGGCAACACGACCGAGGUUCCAUCUCGCCUCUUCUUCUUGAGGCACUGUUUGCCUGCGUGGGACGAUUGUCAGACGAUCCGGCACAAGGCGCACAGUGGCUUGCAUUGGCGAACAGGCAUGAAUCUAGCUUUAUGGAUGUACCUCGCUUGAGCACAAUUCAAGCAUUGCUCUUGUUGUUGAAAGCGCGAGAGUCGUUACCGAAAAGAGGCUAUUAUUACCGGUCGUGGCAGACUGUGAAGACCAUCAUCUCCAUGGCUAAAGACCUGGAUAUUCAUGAACAUUGCGGUUUGCAUGAAGACAACGCUUUCUGCGGUUCAAGUGCAGUGGAUUGCUUGAUCCAAAUAAGAGUAUGGCAAGUUCUCUUGGUUGUUGAAGUAAUGAUCGGUGCACCGCAAGGCCGGUCGGACUAUGGAGUUGAUCUUGACACAGUAGAAUUGCGCCCGGUCUUGAAUAUCAAGGGCCUAGACCAGUUCGAAGUCGAUCGCUCUCGGCACUAUGCUCACUUCGUUCAGAAUGCCCGACAUAUUCGCAUAAUAACUGACAUAUAUCACAAGAUCAAGCGUCAAAAGGACUGGGGGGCUAAUCCAACACUUGUCGAGAAGAACCCCGUUUUCGCAGACUGGUUGCAGAAUCUUCCUCCGGAUUUGCAAGUCAAUUAUCCUGCGGAUGGUUCGCCUCCCUGGAUACCGUCUCACUUCGUAGGAAAUAUGCACUCCCAUUGUCAUCUGGGGAUAAUCCUGCUGCAUCGGCCGCAGUUACUUGCCUCCAGAUCCUUUGCAACGGGGGGGGAUGGAAAGUCCCACAUGGCAGUAUGCUAUUCUUCCGCAAAAUAUCUAUGCCGACUACAGGAGGCUAUCUUGGAACGGUUUGGGUUAUCUGGCCUACUUUUCAUGCAAAGGGGCAUCAAUUUUUCUAUCUACUGCGUCUUAACCUGCACGAUGCUACAUUUGGUUGCUAUAACAUCGCCAGACCCUAAUUUCCAUACAGAUGCCCGUGAAUACUUUGCACGGCACAUGCGUAUACUUGAGCGAUGUUCAUCCGCCUGGCCUAUGCCAGAGAUCCAGGCACAAAUCGACUCUUUGCGACUUGCGUUCUCCGCCGAUAUCAGCCGCCCCUUUGAGUUGAAAUCGACAUUCCCUUAUGGCAGUCCUUCAGAACAAUACCAUCCAAGUCCACCACUCGGUUCACACUAUGAUUCUAGGUUGAAUCAUGUUCCUAUUCCCAGCGGUACUCAUAGUGGAGUGGGAUUUACUGCAUACCCGAUUACCCCUCCUAUCUCAGCCGGCACUGAAGAUUUAAAGUCCGAUUCCUCUCAGCUCCAACAUGUGGGCAUAAUGCCUCACCCUGUACCGAGCCAUUCGUUGGAUGCACCUCUAGUGGACGAGAAUAGUUGGGACCCUACUCGCAUCAUCAAUCAAUGGAAUAUGGCGUUCUCCAUGGGACCUUCACCUUUGAAUUCAAAUUCUCCCCCAAUGCCUAUCAACCACCCCGUUCAGAGCGUACAUACCUCUUUAGCACCUCAAUAUCCCCAAUACGGAACACCUGCAAAACCUACACCUACCGCACUGACCCCACCUGCCACACAGCACCUCAACACACAGCAAGUCGUGUUCACAGCACGAGACUGGCAACAGAAUGUUGCCAGUGUGUUUGAUCCUAAUGGUUUGAAACGGCGGUGGAACCAUUCCGUCGACCUGGACGCAGGGCACACGGCCAAACGGCAACGUUGACAAGCUCGUUCAUUACAUCUAUGGACCCCUAGUCGGUAUAGGGCGGAUUAUCAGCAGCAAAUAUCCAAAUAGAUGUCGUUUCCAGCCACUGUUCAUGAUCUUGAUGCUCUGACAUUAGUCCACCUGCUUCAUCUAUUUCCUUCCAGAUACCCCCUUACUCUCUUCAAUAUCAGAUCCGUGGAUCAUGUGCCACGGAUUCUGAUCAUGCAACACUUGACAAUCGUUGGAUGUGAUUGAAUCAACCCUCAUUGUUCCACAUUAGACUAGGCAAAUGAUUGUAUAUAUCGCGUGUUCGCUUCGAUGGGAAAUGAUCUAUACCCUACUUUUUUUCGGUA